AUGCUGCUCAACCGCAGCUUCAUUAUCGAGUAUAUCAACACAAAGGAUUACGGCCAAGUGGACGCUCUUUCACGCCUCGUCUCGUCAAAAUCAUUGAAACCGGAGGACUACGUGAUCGCCUCAAUAGAUGCUGAUGUCACUUCUGAAUUCUCAGAGAAUUGUUGUCAUUUUCCAGUAUUCGCCGAAUCCAUUCGGACUGCUUCGCAAGCCGAUCGUCCUAUUCAGCUUGUGAUUGACUAUACAAAGUCCGGAAAAUGGGCCAAAGUCAGUCGCCAUACAACCGCAGAAAUACCAUGA